GACGGCCACAUUGACAAAGAUGUGAAAAAAUAGAAAAUGCGGAACUGAAAUGUAUAUUUCUUUAUCUUUGGAUUAGCUAAAUGGCGACCAGACUUGAUCGUCUCCUCCUGCUCUUGGACACAGGUUCGACUCCUGUUACUCGUAAGGCAGCGGCGGCACAGCUCGGUGAAGUGCAAAAAUUACACCCCCAUGAGCUUCCAAAUCUUCUGACUAGGGUUCAUGCAUUUCUAAAAAGUGACAGUUGGGAUACAAGAAUUGCUGCUGGACAAGCAAUUGAAGCCAUUGCGAAAAAUGUUCCCGAAUGGAGUCCCCCAGGGAAUCAAGUAAAAGCUGAGUCUCAAGAAACUGGCUCUGUCAGUAGCAUUGAAUCUGAGCAACUUGAAUUCUCCAAGUUUGAUAUCAAGAGAGUSUUGCAGCAUGGAGAACCACUUGUUGGGUCAUCAGGUGCAGAGUAYGAAUUGCCAGAUGAGGAUUUAGCUGGUCUUGAUCCCAAGGAAAGGUUGAUGCACCAAAAGAGAAUGGUCCGMAAGCGUCUAGGACUUGACAUUUUGCCAGGUUUGGAUGUGGGAAUGGAUAAGCURUUUGAUGAUGAAGACUUAAUCAUGACUAAUGAAGAAGUACAUAGACAAAAGAGUGUGAAAAAGCAGUCCUCAUUUGAGAGUGCAGCAGAUGUUGUUAAAGCAGAAAUUGCAGCCAUUAGUUCAUCAUCUAAACUUAGUGCCAGAGAGAAAAAUAGAGCUAAAAGAAAAGCCAAGUUGAUGGCCAAACAAAGAUCCAAAGAUGGAGCUGACACAAUUGUUGAUGAUGAUGACACACCUAAUAUAAAGAAGAGAAAAACRGCAAGUGUUGUUGUGGACCAACCUGCUGAUUCUGAUAAAAUCGUCGUUGAUAAUAUCACAGAUGUUGCUGCCACAUUUGAAGAGUCAGGUGAAUGGCCGUUUGAAAYCUUCUGYGAGGAAUUGUGCCAAGAGCUGUUUCACCAGUCAUGGGAGGUUCGYCAUGGAGCAGCGACUGGUUUGAGAGAGAUUGUGAAGGUCCAUGGUCAAGGGGCUGGCAAGACAGUUGAUACACAUGUAAAUGAUCUGCAGAACCAAAACAUGAAAUGGAUGGAGAACAUGGCUGUACAUCUGUUGUGUGUUCUGGCUCUUGAUAGGUUUGGUGACUUUGUGUCAGAUGAGGUUGUAGCUCCAGUACGAGAAACAUGUGCUCAAACYCUUGGUGUGGUUUUAAAACGUAUGGAYGUGGAGGAUUGUAAGAGUGUCAUGAUGGCUUUGCUUACUCUGCAACAUCAGCUGGAGUGGGAAGUUAGACAUGGUGGUCUACUAGGAAUAAAGUACCUUUUAGCUGUCAGACAGGAUCUAACAGAUGAGCUCGUCCCUAUGGUACUAGAUCCUAUUAUUACAGCACUUCAAGAUGAUGAUGAUGAUGUCAGAGCCUUGGCUGCUUCAGCUCUUUUGCCUGUCAUUGAGGCUGUGGUGRAGCUGGCUCCAAACAAGAUGCAAGAACUUUUAAUGACAUUAUGGGAUACUCUGGUAGAACUAGAUGAUCUAACRGCCUCAACCAAUAGUAUCAUGUCUCUAUUAUCUGGCAUUUUAUCUUGUCCAAGUGUMAAUAUGGAUCUGUUGGGUGCAGCUGGCUCAUUAACAGACCUUGUCCCAAGACUAUGGCCGUUUUUAAGACAUACAAUCAAAUCYGUCAGAUCUGCUGCCUUGAAGACCUUCAAAACAUUGCUUAAUGGAUCUGCAGUAGAAAAGGACUCCUCAUAUGAAUGUCCUUGGCUUACAUCAAUCAUGCAAGAUGCUGUAAGACACAUCUAUCAGAGAUUUAUACUGGAACCUAAUCCAAAAAUAYUGGAAUUUGUCUAUGAGGUUUGGUGUGAGCUGUUGUCUAAAUGUACCAAGUCUUGUAUGGCAGCUGUAGUGGUACCAUAUCUGAACAGCUGGAUUGGAAUUAUGAUGAUGCAACCUUGUGUCACUAUUGACCCCUCACUAUUAAUACAGGCAUUUCAUAAGCCUAGACAUAAGUUGGAUAAGAGCAUUGACAAAAGCUCAAGAGGUCGUAGUCAACAGGUUGUUCAACCUACUUCUGAAGUUAUAGCUGGAGCCCCUGUCAGCAUGGAUGCAGCAGAAAGAGAUACGGCAGUACUAAGAUCCAGGCUAGCAGCUGCUAAAGCUUUAGGUCUACUUGCAUCAUAUCUUGCCAAGUACCCUGGUGGGAUGAAUCCAACACCGUUAGAUUACUUGAUCCAAACUUUAGCAUACCCUUUGUCAUCCACUUCUGGAAUACAGAGAAUGUCUGCUGCAUUGAUUAUAGAAGAAUGGGCRUUAUGUGAUCAGGUAAAGCAUUGCCUUUGUUUUUUCCCAAUAUUAACUUUUAUGUUAUGUAUACAUGGAURUAGGGUACAGUCAAGUGUGGCGUGUGUUCUAAUUGCUCUCAAAGAACUUUCAGGCAAGCUUAACCCCGUUAUACGACCAAUAAUGGAUUCAGUAAAGAAAGAGGAACAAUCMAUUAUGCAGAUGAAGACAGCCCAGAGCCUUGCAAAUCUCCUUCAGCUGACCAUGGCAAGAUCACCAUGUCCAAACCCAAAGAUUGUUAAAAACCUUUGCUCAUUUGCGUGCUGUGAUCCAACAGUCACUCCCUCGAUCAAUCUAAACAUGAGUGUUGAUACAGAUGAACCCCCACCCUCCCCCUCUGUGUCGUCUGGAGCGCCAUCAUUUAAUAACAGCAGUAUUGCAGCUGAAAAAAGAAAGUGGAAAGAGUUUGUCAAAGUAACCGGAUUGUAUAGAGAACUUGCAAAAGGCUUAAACAGGAGUUUGUUCAAUGUUUAUAAAAAAGCCGUUCGCACAUUUGAUAAAAACAACUACGCUGGGAAAUACUCAGAAGCCGAAGAUAAAGAGUUGUUAAAACUUGUAGCAUUGCAUGGGAGAAAGUGGACCAGAAUAGGAGGAAUUAUGGAUCGAAGUAACGUAUCUGUGGUACGCAGAUAUGAAUAUAUUAAAGACAAGCCCAACCAUGGUCCUUGGAGUGAAGGAGAGACAAAACUUCUCAAGCAAGCUGUGAGAAAGCUAACUAAAACCAAACAGGGGGAUGAAGUUUAUGAGGGAAUUUGCUGGACUUCAGUGGCAUCUAUCGUUAAAACAAGAAAUAGUAGUAUGUGCAGAGAAAAGUGGCUUGAAUGUCUUUGUUGGAAAGACUGUAGUCUUAACAAUGUUGUCUCUAAGAAAUGGAGUUCCAAAAACGAUGUUGAUUUGAUUACCAGAAUCUAUGAAAGCAAAGCUACUGAUGAGACAGACAUCGACUGGGCAUCUUUAUGUGAAGAGUUUGAGAUGGCACGGUCACCCGCUUGGUUAACAAGGAAGUUUACGACAGUCAAGAGAAAAUACUGCCAGAUUGUUGACUUACAAAACACAGAUUUUGACGAACUUAUUGACUAUUUCGCUGCUACUUCAAGAAGACGAAACAAACUCACAAGCAGUUCWUCCUUUGACAAUGCAACAWCUGAUGGAGGACCRACUGAGGACGAGAACUCCAAAGAGCUGGCAGUUCAAAGAAGAGGAGCAGAACUCUGUCUGAUAAGAUUAGCCAAACAUUUUGAUAAAGACAUYCCUACGGGUAUUCCAAAACUAUGGGAGACGAUGACUCAGCCUCUAGGAACCAUGCACAAUAACAGUGUAUUAGGUAAUGACAGUGUACGGACCAAUGAGACUGAUGCUCAAACUCUGGUUCACUGUCUUCAAGUCCUGGAACUAUUGGUUCCUCACAUUCACCAAUCACUUUUGAAUGAGAUCGUAGACAUGCUAACAAAUCUAUUAGUAUGCCUUCAACAUCCCUACUGUUCUGUGCGUCACAUGAGUGCAAGGUGCAUGGGUGCUCUUAGUAAAGCAGCCAGUCAACGUACAUUAAAACAUGUCAUCAAUGAUGUUGUACCACUUAUGGCGACUGGAGACAGUGUGAUUAAAAGACAAGGAGCUAUAGAGGCCAUUAAUCAUGUUAUUGAGAGCAUGGGUAUCGACAUUGUCCCUUACGUCGUUCUCCUGGUUGUGCCCAUAUUAGGACGUAUGAGUGACCAGUGUGAAGAUGUACGUCUCUUAGCAACACACUGCUUUGCUACGUCAAUCCGUCUUAUGCCCCUUGAGGCUGGUAUACCUGAUCCACCAGGAAUGUGCGCAUCUCUCGUGGAGMAAAAACAAAAAGAGCGAGUGUUCCUUGAACAGCUUCUCGACGCCAAGAAACUACARAGCUACACCAUUCCUGUACCUAUAAAAGCUGAGUUAAGAAAAUAUCAACAGGAUGGUGUCAACUGGCUUGCGUUUCUUAACAAGUAUAAACUACACGGCAUUCUUUGCGAUGACAUGGGAUUAGGCAAGACCUUGCAGUCCAUAUGUAUCAUGGCGGGAGAUCACCAUAAYAAACUUCAGAAAUUUCAGGAAACUGGGAAUCCUGAUUGUAAACCACUUCCAUCUAUUGUGAUUUGCCCGCCAACCCUGACUGGGCAUUGGGUGUAUGAAGUAGAAAAGUUUAUUACUAAAGAAUAUCUUCGACCUUUACAUUAUACUGGAUCUCCUAUGGAAAGACAAAGAUUACGUGGCAAGGUCAAGAAUUACAACCUUAUCGUAGCCUCGUAUGAUAUUGUAAGAAAUGAUAGCGACUUCUUUAGAUCUAUAAAAUGGAACUAUUGUAUUCUAGAUGAAGGACAUAUUAUAAAGAAUGGUAAAACUAAGCUCUCUAAAGUAAUAAAACAGCUUCAAGCAACUAAUAGGAUUAUACUCAGUGGAACUCCYAUACAAAAUAACGUACUUGAGUUGUGGUCAUUGUUUGAUUUCUUGAUGCCUGGGUUCUUGGGGACGGAGAAGCAGUUUCAGGCACGGUAUGGUAAACCAAUCCUACAAAGUCGUGAUGCUAAGUCUUCAUCCAAGGAACAAGAAGCAGGAGCCCUGGCAAUGGAGGCUCUUCAUCGUCAAGUCUUGCCUUUCCUCCUUAGACGUCUCAAGGAAGAUGUCUUACAGGAUCUACCACCUAAAAUAAUACAGGAUUACUACUGUGAUCUUAGUUCUUUGCAGGUUUGCUUCUCACACUUUCACCGUACUUCAUUUAAGACUAGUCAUCUCUAUUGUUCCCUGCGCCAUCUUGAAUUACAUCGGAGCGAGAUGACCRUUGAGCGUGCAAUGAUAGAUACCUGUGAAUGA